AAAAAGUAGGAUCGUCUUGCAUGAUUCCUGAUUGUUUAGGCUCCACUUUACGCGAUACUGAGCAUGCGUGUUGAUUGUCUAGAUGGAAGCCAUGACUGGGUCAAGCACCGAGAUGACAAAGUCUACGUUCUCUACGACGUCUGCUCUGGUUUCGACACAAAUGACAAGGAGAACAUCCAGCAAGCAGUCAAUGAGUUUGCAGAGGAAACCUGCAUUCGGCUCAUCCGGAAAGACAACGAGGAGGACUACAUCAACUUCCAGGCCCUGGGCGGGAGCUGGUCGUUCCUGGGCAAGAAGGGAGGGGCUCAGUCCGUGUCCCUUGAGCCCGGGAAGGUGGACAAGGGCACAGUUCUGCACGAGCUCAUGCACGCGCUCGGCUUCCACCACGAGCACUGCCGCAGCGACCGUGACCAGUACAUCAAGGUCCACGAGGACAACAUCAAAGCAUAUGAGCUUGGGCAGUUCAAACGGCUGGAAUACAGUGGCUAUGGAGAAGAUCUGCCCUACGACUACCUCUCCAUCAUGCACUAUGGCAGGUGGGCCUCCAAAGGCUGUGGCCUUCACUCAUGGUACGCCUUGUCCUCGGACUACAUGAGUGAGACGAUCACCCCCACGACAGCAGCUAAAGCUCCCAUCGGCCAGAGGAGCGGCCUCAGCCCCCUGGACGUGCUCAGGGUGCAGCGCAAGUACCAACCGGUUCGUCACUAA